UGUUUAGAAAGACAAAUAGCAAUGAUCUGAAUGCGUUCUGUGUUGUGCAAUUAUUAAUUUACAUGUGUUAUAAACUAUAGUUGCGAAAUGAGGAUAACUGCUGAUAUAAUAGAUGAAGAACUGUACCCAGAUGAUCAGUUACCAAUAAACGUUGAUGACCCAUUGCCAACUUUAAGAGAAACUGUCAUAAAUGCUAAUAAUAAUAAUGUAUGCCAGUUUGAAAAAGUACAUGAAAUGACCCAACAGUUUAAAACUCUACGCGUAUCUGAUAUACUUGCCAGGGCUUCUAAAGCAAUGGAAAAAGAAGACGUUGCAAAAGCAUCGAGCAGCUUUGAGACUGCUCCAGCAUGGCUGAUACAACAUCUUAAAAAAAUGAAAGAAGAGAUAAAAAAAGAAGUGAUGGAAGAACUUCUUGCCCAAGGGGAAUUUCAGAUACCCAGAGGAGUUAUAGCAGCAAGGCUGGAUAAAAAUCAUUCAUGUUUUAGAGGAGAUGUGGUCCAUGAAGAUAUAUUCUGUGACAAUUGUGAUCAACUGAUUCAUGGCAUACGUUACAAGUGUGGGAACUGUUCUGAUUUUGACUUAUGCCAAGAAUGUGAAAGCUUACCUAAUAUUCACAAUAAAAAUCACGUGUUUCUGAAAAUCCGAUACCCAGUUGCUUUAAAAUUGUACCAGAAGCAAAAAUGGCAUGAAUUGAUGGCCUCAACUUCUGGAAAAAUAUAUGCCAUGAGCUCAAAGAAGGAUCACUCUAAAAAGCUGUAUGCAGCAAAAUUUAUAUGUGACAAAACUGUGCCAGAUGGGACUGUUCUUGCACCAUCUACAGAAUUUGAAAAAAGUUGGAAAGUCAUAAACAGUGGAACUAGAGUUUGGACCCAUGCAACAAAGUUACAACUUAUCCAAGGCUCAGCAGAUCUUGUUCCAACUCAUGAGCAAGUGGAUGUUCCCCAUCUUAAGCCAGGAGAGGAAGGGAUAGUUUCUGUUAAUUUUACAACUCCUUCUACACCUGGUGUAUAUAGAAGUCACUGGAACUUCUGUCACAAGAGUCGUCCAUUUGGAGAUAUUGUUUGGUGUCAUAUUAUUGUAAAAUCAGGAAAAGAAGAAAAUGCUAAAACUACAGAAAGUGAAGAUUUGCAAGGAAAAUCAGAUAAUGUGCUGUGCUUAGAUAUUCAUUGCGAUCAGGAUGUGGAUGAUCAGAGAAAGGAAAUAACAUCCAUUGCACAAGUUUUAACUGCAGUGAAAGAAAAGCAUGAUAGAGGAAACAUAGUGCCCAGGAAACUAGCUGUUAGUUCUCACACUGCAACUCCUAAUAAUACUCCAUUUGAUUUAACUCCUCCAAAAUCUCCUGAUCAUCAUGAGUCUGUCAAAGAAUUACAAGAGGCCCUAAUAGAUAAGCCUGGCAACGAUUCUGACAAUGAAGAUGGAUGCAGUAUUGUAAGUUUAAGCAGUUCUGAAUCUGACACUGAAUUUGUUGUCAUUCCUAUGCCAAAAUGCUUUAAUUUAUCAGAAUCCAUAGUUUCACAGCACAUUCCACAUUUGGCUCAGUAUCUACAUACAGAAACAGGUGCUGACCAAAGCAAAAAACUUGAAAGAGUAAAAUUAGUGCCAGUAGAAAGUCUACAACAGAAUAUCAUCAAAAAGUCAGAAACUGUUUCCCAAGAAACUGGAGUUCCUGAGUUAUCGGAGCAUACUGAUGAAGUCAUCUUAACAGUGGCAGAAAAUGGUGUAGAGACAGAAAAAAAAAUCAACAUUUCUCAUGUAUCUGCCGAUGGCUCUUCAUCAGAAGUCAGCAUUAUUGAAAGUGGAGAUAAUAGUCCAAUAGUAGAAGACGUAAUGCCUACUAUUGAUUCAAUCAACAUAGCUGUAUCAAAUGAUGUUAUUCGUUCAAAGUCUGAUAUUGUAUAUGAAGUGAAAUACCCAGUACCUGAAGUUUUCAAAGAUGAUACUCAGCUUGCAGAGAAGUCUAAUAAAGUUGCACAAACUGAGGAAUCCACAUCUGAUAUUUUGUAUAAUGCAAGUUUUCCAAAAUUUCCUGUGGAAGGUAUAACCAGUGAAUACGAACCAAUGCUUACCUCUAAUGCCUGCGAGGAAAGGACCAUUCAAGUGCUGCCUGAAGGACUUGUGACUGGUGCUCUAAGUGCUGCUGCCUCUGUGUACAAUACUGCCCGUGCCGUGAUAUCUACAAUGCAACAGCCACGGAAUGAAAGGGAUCAUUGCUUGUCUCAAGAACUACCACCUAAUGCAGAUGCACGACUUGGCCCUUCUAGAGCUGAAAACUAUCACUCAGCAACUUUGAAUCCAAUCCAUCAACUUGUAGAAAUGGGAUUUUGCAACAGAGAGCAAAAUGAACAGUUAUUGGAAAAGCACAAGGGGGAUGUUGCCUUAGUUGUUGCUGAGCUAGUGAACUUAAAUGAUAAUGACUGGUAUGCAUCUCGCCAUGCUUCAUCACCUUCUGCAAGCUUUGAUUAGAGGUGUGUGAAAACCAAAUACAAGAUAUCUCUGUAAAACAGCUGUGUCAGUUAUGGUGUAUCAUUUAUAAAUAAUUCUUUUUUCCUUUUGAGGUAGAAUUUUUUCAUGUCCAUUAAUUAUGCUGUUUUUGUUAUAAUUUAACAUUGUUUAUCGCUCUAAUUAUAGUCAGCAAUCUUUUUCUGUGUGCUUAGAAAUGUGUAAAAUAAAAUUUUAAUAAAAAUGUAAUUCGUA